AUGCCACUGCAGCUCACUGGCACAGAGGUCUCCCGUCGCAAAUCUUCAGGCGAGGCGAUCGCCGCUGUGCUGACGACCUCUGCUGCAACAGUAACUGCCACACAGCUGACUCGAGCGGCCCAAAGUGGGCUGCACGCUCCGGCAUUCGUUAUGUAUGUUCACAUCGCCAUGAUGGCCUUGCUGCUGCCUUUAGCACGAUCUUUGGCAAAGGGUGGGCGCUAUGCCGCCAGCUCCAAGGAUGUCUGCGUGUUCCUACCGCUCUGGGUGGUGUCCAACUACUCCCUGGUGCAGGCGCUCGCGCUAACGCCCGCUGGGGUGGUGCAAACCCUUUUCGGCACGGGCCCGUCCCAGGUCGCGUUGCUGAGCCGCAUUUUCCUGGCAGAGCGCUUCACCUUUGUGAGAACAGUAGCUGUCCUUCUAGCUUUUGCAGGAGCUACUGUGCUGGCUUCCAGAUCUGGUUUUCAGCGCAAAUCUGGGAUGAACGUCGUCCUGGGCUCCUUCUUUGCCCUGGCAGCCGUCUUUGCAUCGGCUUGCUACAAGGUGUCCUUCAAAGUUCGGUUGGGCGCUCCGCCGCCACAUGUCGUGCUUGGAACAGUUGGAACGCUCGGCAUGGUUACAGCCAUCAUUGGCCUGCCGGUGGUGUUGCUUCUGGCAGCGCUGGGCGUUGAGGAUCGAUGGUGGAGCAGCUCAGUUGCUGUCAAUUGGCCGCUGGUCAUCGGAAGCGCAGCCGUAGAUGUGGUCUACAACACCUCCAUCGCUUGGGGGCUGGCUGUUGCAAGUCCGGUAUUCAUUUCAGUGGGUGUGGUGUUGGGUACUCCAGUCAACAUGCUCAUCGAUGCUACAGUGCAUGGCGAGAUGCCAAGCCUGGCGCAGUGUAUCGGCACGUGCCUGAUCGCCGUGUCCUUUACGCUCCUGGUCUGCGUGCCUGUCUCGCGCUCUGAGACAAGCGUCCACCACGGGUCUUCAGAUUCCUUAAUCCUUUCGGCCCGCGAAGCUGCUCUAACCUCCCGAUUGCGAGAGGUGCCUUCUUCUCCGCAGAUGGCCUUUGAAGUCCUGCUAAGUGGGGCGGCCUGCUUCCCGGCAGCGCUGCGAUCCAGGCAGCUGGAUACCUUCGAUGCCUUCGGCUCGGGGGACUGCCUUCGGUCACCCAGCUGGUGGCUGUGCCUGCUCGGCGUAUCGACGAACUACCUUAUGCAUGGCUUCAUUUGGAACUACUCCAAGCGCUUUGCCGCUCUGUGUGACAAGCCGCCCCUCAAACUAUUGGGGUCGCAUCCCGUAGACGUUUUCGCGUCCCUGGAGGUUGUUGCCAAGCUCGUGCAAGCCGGCUCAGUUGGCGUGUUUCUGCGUCCGAGUGGCCGAAGCGCUUUGUGGGAGGCCGCUAGGACAGCCCCCGCCUGGUGCUGGGCGGUUUUCGCCGGACUACUCGCGGCUGGGCAGGCCCUCAAUGCGGCCACGUACAAUGCUAUCGGUAAUGCUGGUGUCUACUACGGCUUCAAGUUGGGGCGGACAGUGCCCUGGUGCCACGGCUUCCCUUUUAACACGGGCUUGCGACAUCCACAGUACCUCGGGGUCGUGCUGACGCUGUUCGGUGCACUACCCAUCGUGGUCACUAGGGAGCUCACACAGCUCGGCUUGCCCCACUUGGUGCUGGUCUGGGGCUCGAUGUACGGCGUCAUGUCGGCCAUGGAGCAGGCCGGUGACAACGAUGACAAGGCGUCGUAG